AUGAGCAGACCCACAAACAAGAGAGACAAACAAGAGCUGAGCGCCAACCGCGAAACGAUCACGGAUCUAAGGUGCGCCCGAAGUGCCUUGCAGUGCAUGCCACCAUGUUGCGUGCGUGUCAAGUUAACUCAGACCGUUGGAAGCUCCGCGACUUUGUUCUUGACAUGGACGCCUCUGGCGAAAAGCAAGAUUUUUCCAGCAGUCACCGUGUAUGCGGGUGCUGAUAAGCAAGCAACUCACGACUGGACCAUGUCGCUCGUUGCACUUUACGUGCUCGGGAUUCAAUUAGGAUUCCCUUCGACAAGGGUCUUGAAAGGGAGUGAUUGUGUUGCCGAGGUGGGUGAGAAGGGUGAUCAUCCAACUCAGUCUGCAGACGAUCGGCCCGAACCAAACAUACAGGCAAACCGGACACGAUUCUAG